AUGGGGCUGUUUGAAAGAGAAAGACUCAAUGGACAUUAUGGGGUAACUGCAUACACCAUUAGCAACACAUUAUCUUCAGUUCCAUUCUUGCUAUUGAUGUCACUGAUCCCUGGAGCAGUGGUUUAUUACCUAGUUGGACUUUACCAAAGACACCAAGAAUUCAUCUACUUUACAUCUAUACUUUUUGUUUCUGUCUUUUUGGUUGAGGGUCUCAUGAUGAUUGUUGCAAGCAUUGUCCCCAAUUUCCUGCUAGGCAUAAUCUUCAGCACCGGAAUAUUGGGAGUGAUGAUGUUGGAUGGUGGAUUCUAUAGGCUUCCAAGCGAUAUCCCUAAACCGUUUUGGAGAUACCCUUUGCAUUAUAUUUCAUUCCACAAGUAUGCAUACCAAGGAUUGUUCAAGAACGAGUUUCAAGACCUAACAUUCACCGACAAUAAUCAAGAUGGAGGAGCUAUGAUAAACAUUAGUGGGGAAGAGAUACUUAGAAACUUGUGGCAAGUGGAAAUUGGUUACUCAAAAUGGAAUGAUGUUGCUAUAUUGAUAGGAAUGGCAGUGACAUACAGAAUUUUGUUCUUGGUGAUCAUCAAGAGCUUUGAGAAAGUGAAGCCUAUUGUUGUGACAGCAAUGAAUAAUUGCCCGCAAGCAAAGUUCAGGUUCACUAAGGUGACUAGACUAGGAGCAAUGGCAUGAUUCAUUUGCUUGCUUGCCUUGCAGAACCAUAAUAACAUAUAAUAUAAUCAUAUAUUUGCUUAGUAUGUGUGAACUGAGGUUAUUAUAAUACUUGAGAAGAACUGUAUAUAAUUAUUUCUUUUUUAAGGAGAUCAGAUACUGAGUAAUAGUGGUUAUGAUUAUCG